AUGUCAGACAAAGAAGCAAUGCACAAUGUAAAACAGAAGAUGUCCAAAACAUUCUCCUACAGAAGAAAAGAGGUGGUGCAGGGAAAUCUAUCUGCUGGAGAGUUCAAAGCCAGGUGGCCUGCACUUUUCCAUAUUGAUGAGAUACAUGCUGAAUUCCAGCGCAUAUCAACUAUCCCACUUGAAACGGCCUUCAUGGCGCAGUUGGACAGCCAUCUACCUCAGCUGACAUCUGUCUUCCAGAAGAAGGGAGGAGUUGUUGGCCAGAAACUAGCCAAACAUCUGGCGAUUUUGCAAAAGGCAACAAGUGAUGUUAACCUUAAAAGGGAAGCAAUCCUCAAGGCACUUUGCAUCCACCUUGGUGAGGAUGAUGGACAUCUCAUUCGGGAGUAUAUGGACAUCGGAGGAGAUGACAUCACCAGAGACCUGCAGAAAUCUACCAUGGGCGUAUACGUCAUCAACAAGGAUGGUGGAGAACCUGGACAUUAUGACGACGUUGGGAUUUUUGUUGAAGGACUAAUCAUUCUGGACAACAUUGGAUCUGUAGCCCGAGCUUGUGCCAUCAUGCUGGGAGUCAUCUAUACACUGAACAUGGCUUACCCCAAAGAGCUAAGGUACUACUAUGAAUUCAUUCAGAAAGUGCUCUUGCAAAUGGAUGGUGAAAGGCUUUCCCCCAAAGUCCUUGGACUGAAGAACAAGAUACAUGCUGGACUGUAGGAUUUCUUCAGCCGCUCUUGUGAACCGAUGCCACUAAAGCAUUACAAAAACACCAGUCAAACCUCAAAGGUUGGGAGAAGAAUGUGGAAAUGUUGAUGGACUUAGAAGACAUGUAUUACAUGUAUUAAUGUGUAGGUUAUAUUCUCCUCAGCUGUGUAAGUCACAUGCUUCAUGUUACGUCAGGAUUUAUUCUCUGUCUGUUUCCACUGCACUUUGUUGCAUUUCGUUUUUAUCGAAACGGCAACUUUUUCUACCUUAGCCAAGCGUAAAACAUUUUAUUUUUUAUAUUGGCAAUUUACAUCUAUAGUU